AUGUUGAAACCGUUUGUUUUUCUGUUUACACUGGUCAACUUCAUCAUCUGUUGCGCGUAUGCUCUCAAGUACCUCAAAGACUCCUCCAUGUUCAGCCAGAGUGAUGUGCUCAUUUCCAGCAUGGGCGUGUUGGACUUUGUCAGUGCCAUGAUGCUUAUGGUGGGCACAUCUCUCUUUGCCAAUCAACCCACCAACGUGCACAAUUCAUUAGUGGAAGUGAGCUGCACUUUCAUCUACGCAGGCUACACUCUUGGCAGUCGGACUACAUACUUGAUGAUGUUGCUGAUAGCAGUGACUAGAUACGUGGCCAUAUGCAGACCCCAAGACUACUACACGUGGUUCUCAAGGCCCAAAUUAAACUUCUACUUGGCCCUUCUGCUUGCUGUGUCGUUAGGCCAAAUGAGCGUGCAGCAGUUGAUCUCAUGCCACUUACCAAUGAGUUGGUUCAAUCUCUUAGGAGGAGACAGUUUGGCAGAGAAGGUUGAGAGGUCACACGCACACUACAACAUGUUCAAGCAACUGUGGCAAAUAAACGCGUUUGAGAAAUUCGGACUAGUUAUUUUGACCCUCUCAAUUAUCACCACUCUGUACAUAAAAAUAAUCAACCACAUAAACUUUGUCACUCCAACCCAGCUUGCUAAUUCAGACGACGCAGCCCAAGUGCGAUCAAUCAGAAGAACAUUCAUUAUCUACCUUGUUUACCUGUACCUCAUCAUGUUUCCCCAAACUGGAAUGGAACUAUUCUUCACUUACGAGUUCCUCACACAACAUGACAUCUGGACAAACCCGGAAACUUUUUACAAAAACCUGCGCUUACUAGUCGGCACUCAAUUCGUCUACUCUUCAAUCUACGUUCUAAAUCCCAUCACUGUUUUCUGGCUGAAUCCAGACCACGGGGCUACAAUCAAUCACUUUUUCAACUCAUUAUUCGAACUAACUGGUCUUUAUGUGCUGGACGAAGGCGCAGUUUUCCUAUCGAUGGCGAUGGCGGCAGUCUACAAUAAUUCCGAUAAGAAUAAACGAGGAAACAUUACAUGAUGCAGUCAAAUUUAUUGAUCUGGAAGAUAUUUGAAAUGUUGACCCACAAAACUGCAAUAUUACGAAACAUUUUUCA